GCGUCUUAAAAUUUCUCCAAGUAAUCCCCACAAAUUAAAGGCAGGGAUAGCACCGCAAAUUCCCGUUCGCUUACCAGUGCUGUCCUCCCCUGCUCGCUGCCCCCCCGCCGCCGCCGUUUCUAGGGUUAGCGCGUCUGCCCCACCCUUCCCUCCGUCCUCGGUCGGGAUGGCCGAGAACACGCCGCAGCCGGCGGCCACCCUUCUCUCCAACCUCACUGUCGCGGAGGGCACGACGGCGACUCCGGCCGCAACCGCUCUCCCCUCCGCCCCCGCGACCGCGGUGGUGGGCACGCCGUCGCCGCCGCCGCUGCAGCUCUUCAACUCGAUGACGAAGAAGAAGGAGCCCUUCGUGCCGCGCGUCGAGGGCAAGGUCGGCAUGUACGUCUGCGGCGUCACGCCGUACGACUUCAGCCACGUCGGCCACGCCCGCGCCUACGUCGCCUUCGACGUCCUCUACAGGUAUCUUAAAUUCUUGGGGUAUGAAGUUGAAUAUGUGCGCAACUUCACUGAUAUCGAUGAUAAGAUUAUUAAACGGGCAAAUCAAAAUGGUGAAACUGUUACUAGCUUGAGCAGUCGGUUCAUCGCUGAGUUCCUCACUGAUGUGGCUGAGCUUCAGUGUCUGCCCCCUACUCACGAGCCACGCGUGACAGAGCAUAUUGACAAUAUCACUGACUUAAUCAAAGAGAUAAUCAAGAAUGACAAGGCCUAUGUUGUAGACGGUGAUGUUUACUUCUCCGUCGACAAUUUUCCCGAAUAUCUCAGUUUAUCUGGCAGGAUACUGGACCACAAUCGUGCUGGUUCACGGGUUGCUGUCGAUACAAGAAAGCGGAACCCUGCAGACUUUGCAUUGUGGAAGGCUGCUAAGGAAGGUGAGCCUUCUUGGGAGAGCCCUUGGGGUCAGGGAAGGCCAGGAUGGCAUAUUGAAUGCAGUGCAAUGAGUGCUCACUAUUUAGGGCAUGUGUUUGAUAUUCAUGGUGGAGGGAAAGAUUUGAUAUUUCCUCAUCAUGAGAAUGAGCUUGCACAAAGUCGAGCAGCUUAUCCAGAAAGUGAGGUCAAAUGCUGGAUGCAUAAUGGCUUUAUUAACAUUGAUGAUCAGAAAAUGUCAAAAUCAGUUAAUAACUUCUUCACGAUCAGAGAUAUUAUAACUCUGUAUCAUCCUUUGGCGCUGAGAUUUUUCCUGAUGCGCACCCAUUAUAAAUCAGACGCGAAUCAUUCUGAUAAAGCACUUGAGAUUGCAUCUGAUCGUGUGUACUACAUUUAUCAGACUUUAUAUGACUGCGAUGAAGUGGUGUCUCUGCAUGGUGAAGAGAAUACAUCUGUCCCAGUCCCAGCCGAGGAGCAAAAACUGGUUGAGGACCACGAUAAAGCUUUUUUGGAAUCAAUGUCAGAUGAUCUUCGAACGACAGAUGUGCUGGAUGGCUUCAUGGAGCUGCUGAAGGCAAUAAACGGCAAUUUAAAUGAUUUGAAGAAGCUGCAGCAAAAACUGGAACAACAAAAGAAGAAGCAACAGCAGCAAAAGAAGCAGCAGCAGAAGCAACAGCGGCCACAGAAGCAGCCGGAAGAUCACAUUCAAGCUCUGAAUGCACUGGGAGCAGAAAUUAAACACAAGCUAUCCAUCCUUGGUCUGAUGCCACCCUCUCCUUUGGCAGAGGUACUGAAGCAGCUGAAGGACAAGGCACUGAAGCGGGCAGGGCUGACCGAGGAAUCGCUGCAGGAGCAGAUUGAGCAGAGGAUCGCCGCGAGGAACAACAAGCAGUUCGACGUGUCGGACCAGAUCAGGAAGGAGCUCGCGGGCAAAGGCAUCGCCCUGAUGGACGAGCCUACCGGGACGGUGUGGAGACCAUGCGAACGGGAGUAGUCGGUGAUUAAUAUGUGCCUGGUUUAACAGAUGACAGUGUACAACGGACGGAUCUUAUUGCGCUGGUGCAGAUUUUACUCAUGCAAUAUCGCCAGUUUUGGACGUGGUGUUUCUGUAGGGGUUCCAAGUUGACUCAAGAGACGAGGCCCGUGUUGUGUCGGUUGUUGCGUAGGAGGACAAAUUGAAGGGUCCUCCGUAUAUUGGUAUACUUCACUAUUAUUAGUCUCCCGUGUUGAAUUUGAAUGAAUGAAAUGGUGAAGUUGGGCGUCGUA